CCCGAUCCUUGAAGUGUUGUCAAAAUUCCGUCAAUCCCAUCAGGAAGAGAAGAGUCAAAAAUAAGUGUUUUUCAAGUGAACGUCGAAGUGUUUUUUUAUUGCGUUUUCCUGGAGAAACUCACGAUAAACAAAGAGGUGUAAUUACAGUAUCCAAAGUGAUGAUAGCCAGGUCACUGUCGUCGUAACACGUCACGCCUUAAGUCGGGGAUUAAUUCUUUUUAUCGAAGACGAACGGACGGACCCGAUAUCAGCAGCAGCCACCGUACGUCAAUCACCAGUGUUAGUCAUAAAUUAUAACGGGAAUUCCAUCGCUGCUGGCAAGCGAAAGCAAAACAAAAUGCCGUUCCGAAAUGUUGCAUCCAAAUUGGUGCUGAUUAUUGCUUCGGUUUUGGUUCAUCAUGCACUGGUAGCCCGGAGUGCGCCUCCGGGAAUCGUUCCCGUAGCAGAAGUCCCGACGAAUCUUGCCUCGGCUACCGGUGGGGUCGGAAACACGUCCGCCGAGAUGCCUCUACUGGAUGCAACCAAAUUGCCUUUCCUGGCCACUUGCAACGCGGACAAAAUAUCCGAAAAGCUAUGCGAGCAGUACCGCACCCUGGCGACGACGGUAUUGACCUACCGGACGGUGGAAGAUGUCCUAAAGGUGACACAGGAGAAGAUGGAUUCGGAAAGCUUCUGCGAUAACUUGGUACCAGUGGUGAAGAACAGGAAGGCGAAGCAUCCGGAAGUAGUCGAAAAUCCACUGGAGAAGAAUAACUUCUGCACUUUGUGGUGCGUCAAGAUGAUGGAUGACCUGACGACGUUGGGUGUCAAUCCGAUUUGCAAGGUGCUGCUGUGGGGAUUCCGACAGGAGGUGCUGUCGGAGCAGGAGACCGUCCCGGAGGAUCUAGGUAAAAAGGUGGCUGGUGUUGCCGUGCCUCCGCUGCUGGCGCAAAAUAUUAAGCUUCCCGAGGUGGUAAAGAACGAGGAAUCCCCAGUCGAAACCAAACCGGAGGAACCAGUUGCAUCUCAGCCCAACAUCACUGACCCGAAAAAGAUCAUACAAGAACCAACGCUCCCCAAGUCCAUCAGUGGUGCUGCUGAUACAAAAGAAUCUGCGUCGGAUACAGCUGUUGCCAAAGCUCCCUUAAACCCUGCUGUUGCGGAGCAACUCAAUCCUACGACUGCCAAGGGAGCCACUACGGUCGCCAGCAAAGUUCAGCAAAAGCCUACCCCAGGGGCGGCGGAUGAAGCGACUGUCGACGAAGAUAACCAGCAGUUGGAUGAUACCGAUGCGCAGAAUGAGGACAACAUAAUCGCAAACAACAAUGACGGAAAUGCGGGCCUCAACGGUGGGGAGAAUACCGAUGAAAUGUACGACGAUGAUGAACUUCCACAGCAGCCGGCUGUUCCCAAAGAAAGUCAGGUCAAAGAAGAACGGGACCCGAUUGACGAGGAGCAGAGGGAUACGGACUUCAGUGUGGAACAACCGGCCGCUGCAGCGGCGGUGCAAAUCGAGCGAGUUGAUCCGUUCUUCGAUCAGGAUGACUCCAAUUUCUUUUCGUACUUUAUGUUCAUGAUGUUCGCCUGUAUCGCGUGCUACGUGGCGUAUCACAACAAAUCCAAACUGAUGGCCCUGCUGGUGGAAGGUCGAAGAAGUAACUCUGGCCGGGGUGGAUUCAGCAAGGGGCGGAAACACACGGCAGCCUACCGAAAGCUGGACUCGAACCUGGAGGAAGCCAUUACGUCCAACGCGUCGGCGAGCAGCCGAUCGACGAGUCAGAUAAUCUACUAGAGAGAUUGAGGUGAGGGUCAAUAAGCGAGAAGAAUGGAGAUUCUUUCAAUUGUGUUUGCCGGUCAAACGGUUCACAUAAAAAUCGAUUUCAUCUAAGUAGAAUCACCAAUAAACUAUUGUUCACGUGCAAUCGUCAUGACUAGCUUCGGCUAUCGGUACCUACCUAACCUACCUACACAUCCUCAUUUAGACAUUUAGCACCUCUUCAGUUGCACACAUUUUUUUUUUGAGAAGAUUUAAGUAAACGCCGCCCUUGAAACGCCUUGGCAUUCGAAUAAAAAAAAAACAAAAACGCGAAGCAAAACUACAUUAAAAGCAAAUGAAAACAAUAUCACUGAAAAAAAACACAUAUGAGACAUAGGUACUAUAUAGAAACAUAGCGAUACAUGUAGUUUUUUUUUCUCGUGUGGAAUGCUCGGCAGCUGCUUAACCUUGCCGUAAGCUGCUUAUUCUGCUGAUGCUAAGAGAGGAAGAAAGAUAAUAAUAAACUAUAAGCAAGCAUAGAUUUAAAAGCACGUGAAGAAUAAAAUGUAUUCAGUGAGAGUUCUUCGGCUGGAAAGCAACCGUGUACAUAGUAAUAGAGAAACAAAACAGUCAAAAAAUGCUUCACACAUAGAUCUACACUACACUUUCGAACCCGGAACCCGGUUAUAAAAACAAAUAGAAUCACAGUAGAAACAUCUGA